ACUUUGGCGUGCAUAAUAUUGUUCAUUUUAACCUACCUAUUCUCCUUAAGAGUUUAAUCACAUUACAUACAUCCAUUGCCAAGCAAAGUUUAUAGUCAGUCCUUUGAACAAUAAGAAUGAUUUCAUAUAAAACUUUAAUAGUAUUAACAGUCAUUUUUGAUAUAACAUGCGGUUUGAGAUAUUGGAAAGAAUGCAGGGGCAUUUUACGAAAAUUUGGGUUUCGGCCUGGAUUUCCAUUAUAUAAUAUGAACUUUUUACUGCAAUUUGAUGACGAAACGGAAUAUAUAAAGUACAUGAAUAAAAUGAUUAAACUUGAUUGUGAUACUAAUAUGACUUUACCCAAAAAAGUUGUUUUUACUACAUUGGAAACCCAAGCGGAUUUGACAUCUAUUAGUUCUGAUGACAAAAAAAUUGACAGUCCCGAAGACAAAAAUAUUGAUAUCCUGGAAGAUAAUAAGGAGAAAUUACCUGAACAUUUUAAAGCCGCUAAAGAAAACAAUGAUGAUUUAGAAGAAGUUAUACGGACACCACUAGAAUAUUGUACUUUAUCGAUAAAAGAACUAGAAUUAGGUAAGUCAACACAACAACUGUAUUUUUGUUUUUUAAUAGUUAACAAUAAUUUAUGAUUUAACUAAAAUGUAUUAAUUAUAAUUUAGAUAAAUUUCUGUAAUUUAAAGAAGUUCGCUUAGAUGAUAUGCUUGUAUAAACUAUUUAUAAUUAAUUUGCCUAC